CUCCCAGUGCCUCCCAGUCCCCCUCAGUGUCGCUGUCCCCCCCAACAGGUGCCAGCACCAUGGAGUAUGAGCGCAGGGGGGGCCGUGGGGACCGGACAGGACGCUAUGGGGGGGCCCCCCCAGUGCCCCCCGAGGAUGGGGGCCGGGGGCAGCGUGACCACGACUACAGGGACAUGGACUACAGGGGGGGGUAUGGGGGAGCCCCCGAGGGGGCUGCUGCCGCGGGCACCCCCCCACAGCCCCGCCCCCUAAUCCCGGUGCCCCCUUCCCCCCCGGUGCCCCCUUCCCCCCACCCCGGUGCCCCUCCCGGUGCCAUCCCUGUGCCCUUUCCCCCCAGCCCCCCGCCGUGGGCAGCCCGGAGCCGGCUCGGGGCCGGGAGGGGGCCCCGGGGGGGGGCUCGGCUGCGGCGCUGCCGUUCGCGGCGGCCGACGGCGACUACCGGGAGCGGGACCGAGACUACCGCGGGGGGGGCGGCGGCGGCGGCGGCGGCGGCGGGGGGGGGGGAGGCGGCGGCAGAGGAGCACAGGGCCAGCACCAUCGUGAUGCUGAGGAUGCUGCCCCCCGCGGCCACCGAGAGCGACAUCCGUGCCCAGCUGCAGGCCCAGGGGGUGCAGCCCAGGGAGGUUCGGCUGAUGCGCAACAAGUCCUCAGGUCAGAGCAGAGGCUUCGCCUUCGUGGAGUUUCACCACCUGCAGGACGCUGCCCGCUGGAUGGAUGCCAACCAGCAGGGCCUGAGCCUGCUGGGCCACAGAGUCUCUCUGCACUACAGCGACCCCAAGCCCAAGAUCAACGAGGACUGGCUCUGUGCCAAGUGCGGGGUGCAGAACUUCAAGCGCAGGGAGAAGUGCUUCAAGUGUGGGGUGCCCAAGGCUGAGGCCGAGCAGAGAGGCCCUGGGGGGCCCAGGCCUGAGCUGGUGCCCGCGGGGGGGGGAGGGGGCGGGGGGCUGCUGCCCCUCCCCCAGCCCUAUGCCCCCACGCUGGGAGGGGCCCCGGGGGGGGGCCCCCAGAGCGGGACCGAGCCUGGGGCCGACAAUGCCAACGACACCAUCAUCCUGCGGAACCUGCACCCGCAGAGCAGCCUGGAGUCCAUCCUGGCGGCGCUGGCUCCCUUCGCCGUGCUCAGUGCUGCCAACGUGCGGCUGAUCAAGGACCGCCAGACGCAGCUCAACCGCGGCUUCGCCUUCGUGCAGCUCAGCACCAUCGUGGAGGCCUCCCAGCUGCUGCAGAUGCUGCAGGCCCUGCACCCUCCGCUGCACAUCGAUGGCAAAAGCAUCAACGUGGAGUUUGCCAAAGGCUCCAAGAGGGAGGGGCAGGGGGCGGGGCCAGGGGAGGGCCCCCCCCGUGCCAGCGCAGCCUCGGUGGCGUCGACGGCGAUCGCGGCGGCACAGUGGGCACUGAGCCAGGCGGUGCCAGGGGCGGAGCCAACCUGGGCCGGGGGGGAGGAGCCUGCGGCCGACUUCAGCAGCUUCUACCAAUCGGAGGAGAGCUUCCCUGGCCCCGCCCCCACCCUUUAUGGCUCUGCCUACUUGAAGGGUGUGGCUGCCCCGCCCCCGGGCCCCGCCCUCGCAGUCCCCACCCCUGCCAAGGCUGAUGGCCCCGCCCCUGGUGCAGAGGAUCCAGGGGGGCCUGGCCUGGACCCCACGGCAGGAGGGGCUGGGGGGGGCCCUGGGGGGGUCACAGCAGCAGCAGCAGCAGGGGUGGGGGGUGGGGGUGGGGGGACUGCCUUCCCCCGCCCCUCCCCUGCAGCCCCCCCCUACCCCUCCCCCACCGGGGAGACCCCAGCUGGGACCCCCUCAGGAGCACCCCCACAGACCUACCCAGGCCCCCUGAAGGCUGAGCUCCCCACCCCCACCCCCGCUGGGCCCCCCCCAGCCAACCCCCCCAGUGCUGAGCCCUACGGCCAGUACCCCGUGCCGGACGUCUCCACCUAUCAGUACGACGAGACCUCCGGCUACUACUACGACCCCCUCACAGGCCUCUACUACGACCCCCACUCGCAGUACUUCUACGACGCCGGGGCGGGGCAGUACCUGUACUGGGACGGGGAGCGCCGAACCUACCUGGCAGCGCCCCAGGCCGAGGCCCCCGCCGGCACCCCGGGCACCCCUGGGGCCCCCAAGGAGCCCAAGGACAAGAAGGAGAAGCACAAAACCAAGACAGCUCAGCAGAUCGCCAAGGACAUGGAGCGCUGGGCACGGAGCCUGAACAAGCAGAGGGAGAGCGGCCGCAGCGCGGGGCCCCCCCCGGCCCCCCGGGAGGACGAGCGCCGGGAGGCCGCCGCGGCCGACGCCGGCUACGCCAUCCUGGAGAAGAAGGGUGCCCUGGCAGAGCGGCAGCAGCCCCCCCUGGAGCUGCCCAGGCUGGCCAGCGACGACUCCCCAACCCCCCCCCGGGGGCUGGUGGCAGCCUACAGCGGGGAGAGCGAGAGCGAGGAGGAGGGGGAGCGGCCGGAGCCCCCCCUGACCGACUGGCAGAAGCUCUGCUGCCUGCUCUGCCGCCGCCAGUUCCCCUCCAAGGAGGCUCUGCUGCGCCACCAGCAGCUCUCAGGCCUCCACAAGCAAAACCUGGAGCUGCAGAGACGAAGCCACACAGCCCCCGAGGGGGGGGAGAGAGACCUGGAGCUGAAGUACAGAGACAGAGCUGCAGAGCGCAGGGAGAAGCAGGGGGGGGGCCCUGAGCCCCCCGAGCCCAAGAGGAGGAAGUUUGGGGGACCCCCCCCAGGGCCAGGGUGA